GCCGGCGACGACCUCCUUGCUCGGGUCGUCUCCGGCUGUCGUUGUCCGGGAAUUGAACGCGGAAAAUGACAGUGGCGAUACUAACCUAUAAGAUCAACCUCCUCCUUGAGUAGCUUCCAGGAAUCGUCUUCUUGGCUGCUUUCCAGGAAACAGCACAAUGGAUUCACAGCCUUGCAAUCUCCGUGUACCUGUUUUUUCCACGCUGAAUUUUCCAACGCGUUACUCCCCACGCUGCUAUUUGCCGGGGCUCCUCAUAUCCCGCUGGCCUACAACCGCAUCCCCAUAUCCCGCUGCACCACCAGUCCACCACCUAUUCCACCUCCGGCCGCGGAUACGCCACGGCCAUCCACCUCUUGAGCUCCGGCUCACCCAGUUGGACUUCUCCGGCACCACUGCAGCUCCUCCCUUUGAAUCGCCGUCACGCUCACUUGCAGCACGCGAGCGGGCUGCUGAGCCAACACCAGAAGGAGCCUAGGUAUUGAGAUGUCUGCACCGGUGGUCAGCGCCACCAUGGGGGCGAUGAACCCCCUCAUCGGCAAGCUCGCCGCACUGAUGGGCGACGAGUACAAGAAGCUCACGUCAGUCAGGAAGCAGGCCUCGUUCCUCAAGGACGAGCUUAGCGCCAUGAAAGCUCUCCUUGAGAAGCUUGAGCUCAUGGAUGAACUGGAUCCCUUGGCCAAGAACUGGAGGGAUCAUGUGAGGGAGAUGUCCUAUGACAUGGAGAAUUGCAUCGAUGACUUCAUGCGAGACCUUGGAGGUGCCGAUGCCAAGUCGGGCUUUAUAAAGAAGACGGUUAAACGUCUCAAGAUGUUGCGAAAGCAUCAUCGUAUUGCUGAUCGGAUGGAAGAGCUCAAGGCUCUUGCUCUACAGGCAAAUGAACGACGCAUGAGGUACAAGAUUGACGAUAGCAUCAACUCUACUACUCAUGUCAUUGCUGUUGAUCCUCGUUUGUCGGCGAUCUACAAGGAGGUAGCGGGCCUUGUGGGUAUUGAUGGCCCAAAGAAAGAACUUAAAAGUUGGUUACAAAAUACCCAAGAAAAACUCAAAGUGGUGGCUAUUGUUGGAUUCGGAGGUCUUGGUAAAACUACACUUGCCAAACAAGUGUAUGAUGAGAUAGGAGAGCAAUUCAAUUGUAAGGCAUUUGUAUCGGUUUCUCAAAGACCUGAUAUGACAAACCUCCUCCGUAGCCUACAGUUGGAUCUCAAGGUGGAGGAGUCAUCUCGUACUAACGAGGUACAAGAUAUCAUUGCUCGUCUUAGAGAGCAUCUCACACAUAAAAGGUACCUUAUUGUAGUUGAUGACUUAUGGAAUCAAUCAGCAUGGAAUAUCAUGAGUUGUAUCUUUCCAGAAGUCGGGAAUGGAAGUAGAGUAAUAGUAACUACACGAGUGGAGGAUGUGGCUAUUUGGGCGUGUCACAAUGACCAUGAGUGUGUUUAUAGAAUGGAACCCCUCAAAGAACAAGACUCAAGAAUGUUGUUCUGUAAUAGAGUAUUUGGUUCCGGAUAUGCCUGCCCAUCACACUUAAAAGAAGUUUUGGUUGAAAUUUUGAAGAAGUGUGGAGGCUUGCCACUUGCAAUCAUCACUAUAGCUAGUCUAUUAGCUAGUCAUCAAACAAGGUCAACGGACAAGUGGGAGAGCAUAAGAAAUUCUUUGGGCGCCAAGAUUGCCACAAAUCCCACCUUAGAAGAGAUGAGGAGUAUACUAAACCUUAGCUACAUGCAUCUUCCUCUUCAUCUUCGCCCAUGUCUCCUGUAUCUUGGCAUGUAUCCAGAAGACGAAAUGGUCAGGAGGCAUGAUCUGGUUUUACAAUGGAUAGCUGAAGGCCUUGUCAAUUGUUCUCAUGGGUCAGACUUGGAGGAUACCGGGAAGAGUUAUUUUAAUGAGCUUAUCAAUAGAAGCCUGAUUCAGCCGGCUGAGACCUCAAAGUCUGGAGAGGUGGAGUAUUGCAGAGUACAUGAUAUAAUGCUUGAUCUGAUCGUCAGCAAAUGUGCAGACCAAAAUUUUAUCAACGUGGCAUAUAAUUGUGAAGGCAUGGCAAGAAUGCAUGCCUGUGAGUACAAGGUCCGUAGGUUGUCCUUGAAAUCAAGCACCAAUGAUGCAACAUUGAGGAUCGUUGAUACUAGCAUGUCACAAGUUCGAUCAUUUGCACAAUUUGGAGAGUCCAAGUACACACCUCCUCUUUCACUAUUUAAGUACCUUCGGGUGCUGGUGUUUAUAUUCCCAUUUACGAGGAGUACGAUAGUCGACCUCACUGCAAUCGGUCAAUUGUUUCAGCUAAGAUAUCUGAAGGUUUCUACAUUCCCAAGCUCAAUAGAUCUGCCUGCUGAAGUUCGCGGGCUUGUUCAUUUGGAGACCCUGGAAAUAUCUGGUGGUGCACGAAGCAUCCCGUCAGAUAUUGUUUGCUUGCCACGGUUGUCUCGUCUGAUCCUUCCGAUUCAACCAUGUCCUCCUCAAGGGAUUUCCAACAUAAAAUCAUUGCGUGCACUACACUGUAUGAAUAUCUCGCUAGAGGAUAUUAAGGGCCUUGGUGAGCUGACCAGCCUGAGGGAGUUGAGGAUUUAUACUGAUGUGGUGGCGGGUGAAGUUGAUGCUUUGGUAUCCCUAAUUGGAAAGCUCCAUGGCCUAAAAUACCUCAAGGUCAGUGCUUUGUCUUCUCAACAUCAUUGCGGCCCGAUGUACUCAUUAUCCAACCCUCCUCUCCAUAUCGAGGAUAUUAAGGGCAUUGGCGAUGAGCUGACUGGUCUGAGAAUGCUGAGCUUCUCUGGCAAAAUGGUGGCGGAGGAGAUAGUUGAUGCUUUGGUCUCCUCAAUUGCGAGGCUCCGUGACCUCAAAUACCUCUUUGUCAGUGCUAAUGGUGUGUUUUCUAAACAUUCUUGUUGCCGGAUGUACUCGUUAUCCAACCCUCCUCUCCAUAUCGAGGUUCUUUAUAUGCUAGGAUGGAUAUUGAAGAGAGUUCCCAAUUGGAUUGGCGACCUCCAUUGCCUCCGCAGCCUGACUUUGUCGGUUGAGUAGCUAUCGACUAAUGAGGUUCACGUUGUCGGAAAACUGCCCUCCCUCAUUGACAUGUUUCUCUCUGUGUCGAGUAUCACUGAACAUAGUGGUGCCGCCAAUAGUCCGCACAGGAUUAUUUCCAGUUCUGGAAGACCUUAGACUCGUCUCUGAUGAUGCUAUGGUGAGUAAAUUGCAAAAAAACAUCACAAUUGGGGACCCUAAUUCAGAAAACCACCACCAUUCGAUUUUUUUUCAAAAAACCACCAUCAUUGUGCUAACAGUUUUGAGAAAACACUUAUCACAGGAUUAGAGAUGUUUGACGCAAAAUCUGACUGCUGGAUCCCACUUGCAAGUGAUGACAUGGCAUGAAAAAUUGACUCCGUCCGCAUGGACCGUUAACUUGAUGUGAGCCCACUUGUCAGCAUCUCCUAUCUCUCUUCGUCCCUUUCUCUGGCAUUCCAUCGAGCAGUUCGUGAGCUCUCUGCCGGCGGCAUCCGGACAAGGAAAGAGAACUGCCUGGGUGGCCGGUGCCGUUUGGAUCCGUCGUCGGAGAUGUCACGGAUCGCUGGAGGUCGGCGGCAAGCGAAGGAAGCAGCAGGUGGCAGGCUACAGCCAGCGAGGUGGCUGGUCGUGGCCGACCCGGGCGGCGCGGUGCGGCAGGCGCGCCUGCGUCCCCCGGCGGUGGCAGCCACCGCCUCCAGUCAUGCCCAUCGGAGUGGAGCCGGGCUGGAUCUCCUCAUGCCCAGGAGCUGCCCCACAACGCCGGCGAGAUCACGAAGUGAAGGAGCCCUGGCGCACAGCAGUGUGCAGCGGGGAGCCACGACGGUCUCCACUGGAUGUCCCUCCCGUCGACCUGCAGGUGGGGGCUCAGGCGGGAGGACGAGGCCGGAGAGGCCCUGGUGCUUGCUGCCGUCGUGAGCUGGUAUCCGCCGUUGCCCUCCCGCGUGCUGGAUCCGGCGGUCGGCAUGCCCGCUGGCACAGCGGGAGGUCGCAUCGCCCCGGAUCCGCCGUCGGGGCUGCGCUCGGGGCCGACACCGCUUGGAUUCGUCGCCGGGCGGCGCACGGAAGCCGGCAGUGCUCGAAUCUGUCGCCGGGACAUGGAGAGUGGCGGCGGUCAUGGAGCGACGGGGCAGUUGCCGCGCGGUGCCAGGCCGCGGCGGCUUUGCAGCGACGGUGUGGCGUCUCCGUUGACCCGGCCAUAUGAGACCUCCUCGUUCAGGCAGUGGGCGCCGCCGGCAGUUGGAUCCUGGACGGCAGCAAAGGGUGAGUCGGGGUGGGGAGAGAUGCGUGAGGUGGGAGGUGGGCCGGUUUAGUUUAGUAGCGGCGUUAUCUCGUCCUCGCUACGUGGCACCUGACCAUGGGACCCAGCGGUCAGUUUUUUGUCAAACGUCUCUAAUACAGUGAUAAUCCAGUGAUAAGUGCUUUCUGAAAAUUGUUAGCACAAUGGUGGUGGUUUUUUGAAAAAAAUUCGAAUGGUGAUGGUUUUCUGAAUUAGGGUGCUCAAUUGUGAUGGUUUUUUGUAAUUUAUUCUGCUAUGGUAUGCAUGGAGUUCGAGGCAGGGGCGAUGCCCAAGCUGCGACAGCUCCAUCUACAAGUACAUGAUGGGUGGGGUGGUGCUACACCAUUAGGGAUGGAGCACCUGUUAGCCCUCGAGCACAUCCGUGUAGGUGUCACAUCCUCCGUCCACAAGAACAGUGAUGUCGAGUCUGCCUUGAGGAGGGCAGCCGAUGUGCACCCAACAUGCCCUUCUGUUCAAAUGUAUUUAUAUGAUGAUCGGCCUUCUCUGUAAUAUAAAUCUCCCCUUGUUGUUCUACUUAUUCA